AUGCCACCUCCGCCAUUAUCGAUACCGCCACACAACCUCCAGCCGCCAGACGGACGCUCCUUGCUGCUGGCAACAGAGGCCGUCGCGAGGGCAGCCCUGGCGGCGCACUCGUGGGCCGCCGCCACCAAUUCCACGCGGCCAGGCGGCAGCGGGGACGGCGGCGGCGAUGACUCUGGCAAGGAGCUGCAGAACUGGUCGUCCAUCAUCGGCAUCGUGACUGCCAUCGUCGGCAACGUGCUGAUCGCCCUCGCCCUCAACGUCCAGCGCUAUGCCCACAUAAGCCUACACCGGAAGAGGCUCGAGGUGCGCGAGCGCGCCAGGCAGGCCCUGCGGAACGCCGCAAAGAGCGGCCAGAACGGCUCUGGCGCCCGAGCGUACGGCGCACUGGGCACAGGGUUGGACGGCCAUGCCCCAGGCACUGGCGGACGAGCCCAGCAUACCGAGAACGGGCAGGAUGACGACACAGAAAACCACAUGCCGCUCGAGUCGGAUCCGCUGGCCCAAAGCAUCCAGUCGACCGGCUCGUCCUCGCCCGCCAGCGACGACGAUGACGAUAUCGAGUCCACCAACUACCUCCAAUCGCCGUCGUGGUGGCUGGGCCAGGUGCUGAUCACGGUGGGCGAGAUGGGCAACUUCCUUGCCUACGGCUUCGCCCCCGCGUCCAUCGUAUCGCCGUUGGGCGUGGUGGCGCUCGUGUCCAACUGCGUCAUCGCGCCCAUCUUCUUCAAGGAGGUGUUCCGCCCGCGCGACUUCUGGGGUGUCGUCGUCGCCGUCGCCGGCGCCAUCACGGUUGUCAUGAGCGCCAACACGGAGGAAACAAAACUCGCGCCCCACGACGUUUGGAACGCCAUCAGUACGUUCGAAUUCAAGAUAUACAUGGCAGUUUCGUGCUCCCUAAUCGUUCUGCUCAUGUGGGCGAGCCCGAGGUAUGGGCACCGCUCCAUCCUCGUCGACCUAGGCCUGGUGGGCUUAUUCGGUGCCUACACGGCUUUGGCCACCAAGGGCGUCUCGUCGAUGCUUUCAUCCACCCUCCUGGGCGCCUUCACCACCCCUGUGACGUAUGUGCUCCUUUUUGUCCUCUUGGGCACCGCCGUGAUGCAGGUGCGCUACGUGAACAAGGCACUCCAGCGCUUCGACUCGACCCAAGUCAUCCCUAUCCAGUUCGUCAUAUUCACGCUCUCGGUCAUCAUCGGGAGCGCUGUCCUGUACCGGGACUUUGAAAAAACCACAGGCGAUCAAGCUAUCACGUUUGUCGGCGGCUGCCUGCUCACAUUCUUCGGCGUGGUUUUGAUCACGAGCGGCCGUGCGUCGCAGCAUGAGGAUGAGGAGGGCCUAUCGGACGUCGAAGGUAUCGAGGAGACUAUCGGUCUCGACGACCAGGGCCCUGUAGGCGGCUCCAGUAGCGUGCAAAGUUACCAAUCCCAGCAGCCGAACACAGCGGCACCGGCGGGUGAUGGCACCCCCUCAAGACGAUCAUCACGCGUCAGCUUUUUGGACGCUUCUGGGAAGCCCACCUCUAUCCUUGCGAACAGAGGCAUCCCGUCAUUACGGAUACCGCAGCCCCCAAAACCUCCAAUGGGUACUGACGGCACGAUGGGUGUGGGCGAAGACACACCGCUGCUGGGGGAAAACCCCUGGAUACAAUCCCCCAUCGCGCACUCAGCGCUGGGUAUAAUGGAUGCUGGCCUUGACAACGAGGGUCGCCAGCGACGUACCUUCUCGACGGACUCGGUCGACGACGCAUUCCGGCCGGGCGGCGGCCGGGCAGUGGCCUCGGCGCCGACAUCGACCCUACCCACCCCACACGACGACGGGGACCCCUUUGAUCUGUGUUCGCUGACCUACAUGGCCUCGACCGGCACGUCUUAUCCCGACAACCCUACCACCCCGCGCCCUCCCACGGCGCGGCCUCAGUCGCAUCACUUCUCGGGCCCCAUCUUCUCCCCUUCGCCGCUGUCGUCGACAGUAAGCGCCGUGGUGGCCGACACUCUUCUUCUCCGGGACCUGGAGAGCCCUUCUUCCUCGACGAGGAGACUUGGUCUGAGACGCAGCCGGCCGAGUCUCCGGUCGAGCCUCUUUAUGCCACACGACGAGGCCUUGUCCCCAGCCAGGACCGACCUCGCCCCCUGGACCCCUCCCGACAGCAGGGCCAGGCUCGAAGGGGUUGGUUUUGAUGGCGGUGGCCCAUCGUCCCCUGGCGACCAUGAUGACGAAAUGUCUGGCGAGGGUGGCCUCAGGGGCCGCGCUCGCAGCUUGAGCCUGACCUUGGGCGAGCUGUUUGGGUCGAGGAACAAUAGGCGGCGAAGGGACAGCGGGCCUGACGACGAGCAGGCGGGCCUGUUGGCGACGGCUCAGGGUUCCGGGAGCACAAGCGCACUCUGA